CGCAGGCGCAGUGGAAUGGUAUUGAGCCUGCGCAGACUGACGGCGCUAUUGGAGCAGAGUGUCUCGCCAUGGCGGGCACGGGCUUGGUAGCCGGAGAGGUGGUGGUGGAUGCGUUGCCGUACUUUGACCAAGGCUACGAGGCGCCCGGCGUGCGGGAAGCGGCUGCGGCCCUGGUGGAGGAGGAGACGCGCAGAUACCGACCUACCAAGAACUACCUGAGCUACCUGACAGCCCCGGAUUAUUCUGCCUUUGAAACUGACAUAAUGAGAAAUGAAUUUGAAAGGCUGGCUGCUCGACAACCAAUUGAAUUACUCAGCAUGAAACGAUAUGAACUUCCAGCCCCUUCUUCGGGUCAGAAAAAUGACAUUACUGCAUGGCAAGAGUGUGUGAACAAUUCCAUGGCCCAGUUAGAGCAUCAAGCAGUGCGAAUUGAGAAUCUGGAACUGAUGUCACAGCAUGGGUGUAAUGCCUGGAAAGUAUAUAAUGAAAACCUCGUUCAUAUGAUUGAACAUGCACAGAAGGAGCUUCAGAAGUUAAGGAAACAUAUUCAAGAUUUAAACUGGCAGCGAAAAAACAUGCAACUCUCAGCUGGAUCUAAAUUGAGAGAAAUGGAGUCAAAGAAAAGUUAUCAUGAGACAGUUGACGAUUCGCUUACGAUUAUAAGAAAUAAUGCAGACAGCUCGAGAGAUGACUCAGAGGUUAGGAGCACUGGCUGCUUUUCCAAAGUUGGGUAUCCCUGGUAAGUAAGAACUAUGAGAUUGAAAGGACUAUUGUGCAGCUGGAGAACGAGAUUUAUCAAAUCAAGCAGCAGCAUGGGGAGGCAAACAAGGAAAACAUCCGCCAAGACUUCUGACCUUGGGCAGAAGGGAAGAGAAACCUCAGGCCCCGGGACUUUCUCAGAGCAACUGGUUAGGUGUUUAGAGACUGUGGACUGUGUAUGCUGUUGUGUUGCUUUAUAUGUGUGGUUAGCAAAAUAAAGAUUUUCAACAUGUUGCUAUUUUUGUAGCUAUAAAAAUCUGCGUUUUCAAAGUGAUUAUGACUUUAGAAUAAUUUUGUAGCAGUUCUUUUUUGAAGGCUUCAAAUUUUGUGAGUAAGCUUUAUUUAAGACUUCCAACAUGUUUGGGAAGAUGGGAACUUUGAGUUUGUGUUUUUGUUGAAUAAAGUACAGUUCUAAGCAUA